AUGUGGCUCUUCCGCGUCUUCUCGUCGGCCGUCUUUCUCACCGUGAUCGUCUCCUCGAUCCCACUGGCCUUCGAUGUGGGCGGCAAAGUAUGCGGGCUGGCCUUUUCGCUAUCCCUCGCCACGUUCUACUUCCUCUUCUCGCUGCUGAAGGUCUCAACUCCCGACCGCUCGUGGUUCCGGUCCUCUCUGGUCGUCGUGGUCAGCUCCACACAAUGGAUCCUGAUCCCGAUUCUGCUCAUCUGGUCUUUGAAUCGCUUCUCGGAAGAUGCAGACAGUAGCGGUGGAUGGGUCGAGCGCACAUUCACGGGGCAGAGGGCGGCGGAUAGUUCAAUCCAGGAGUGGCUCUUUGGUCGGGCUGGUUUGGUGGAGUCGGUGACGCUGGGCAACUGGGAUCGACUGUUGCGCUGGUCCACCCCCGUGUUCCAGCUCGUGGAGGGUUUCUGCAGUUUACUGGUUAUUCAGGCUGCAGGCCAGAUUACUCGUUGGCUGGUCAAUCGAGGCGGGCGAAGUGACAGCUGGAUGAUUGGCCUCCUCGUUCUCUCUGCGACCGUCAUCUCCAGCUCGGUAUACUUCCUCUGGCGCGUCCUCCAGUUCCCCGAAAUUUCCAACGUCGACGCGGCCUUGAUCGGUGUCUCUAUCACAUGCGCGGUCAUUUUGUGUGCGUGGGGUAUUGGCAGUGGACGCGGAAACCCCGUCGAGAGCUCUCUGCUCUUCGCCUACGUCGUCCUCUGCAUCUACCAGAUCUUUACGGAUUACCAGCCCUCGUACCCGGUCGAGCAGUGGGUGACUUCCCCCCGCUUCCCCCCGAUUAUCAUGGCAUCGUACACCACCCUCAUGCACGCGCUAUCCCUGCUGCCUUCGAUUAUCCACGCCGCGUUCAACGUCAUCACCGCCGUCUUCAGUGCCGUCACUCCAUCAGUCCUGAUUUCUCUCGCGUAUCGGUUACUCGUGUUGUACGCGUCAACGCGUAUAAUUCCUGCCGUGCGGGAAUCUGGAGCCCGCGCGCUCUCGCAAGAGGCCUCUCUGGAUGAUGCCGACGCGGCUGGCCAGGUCUUGGGCUUCCUGAGCUACUUCGCUCCAUCUAUUCUCAUUUCUGUCUACACCAGUCUAUUGAUGCAGCAUUUCGCGUCUGCGUCGCAAGCGAUGGGCGGUAGUGGUGAAUGGUGGAGCAGCCAAGGCGGCGAUCGAGGCAAUCUCUGGAGGUGGAUCAACCUUGCCUGUACGAUGGGUCUUUAUGCAGUUGAGCUCUGGCUCGGAGAGAAUGAUGAUCUGGAUAAUGGACUGGCUGGGCAUUGGAAGACUGACUGA